GCAUUGUUAUGAAUUGAAGUGUACUAAACUUAUGCACUUUCAGUGGGUAGAACGAGCAGAACCGGAAAGAAUUAGAUAACCCACGGGAUGCAACUGCCGUUUUUUACGGAAAAUUUAAAAAAGUUUAAUCCCGAAAACUUAACAUAGGUAUUGUUAUUAAAUACAAAGAUGUCCGGCAAAAGUUCGGUACCAGGUGACCCGGAGCUUGACAUUGAUUUGACUGGAGUCCUCAAGGAUACGCAGAAUGUAUUCCAGACCCUCAUCAAAACCCGACGGGACCUGCGAAGCUCUCAGCUGGAGACCAAAAUUCACAAAGAGCAGCUGCAAUCUGCGCGCCAACGGCUGGAAUCAAGCGAUCAUCGGGGCAUUCCCUCCGAAUGGAAUCGUCUUUCGAAAAGUUUGAACAAUGUUAUCAAAGUGGUAAGCAACCGGAAGGACAUCACCGAAUACGAGCAAACCAUCCGGCAGCUGACGGAGGACAAUGAGCGUUUGAAGAAACAAAUGAGUUCCUUGGAAGUCGAUCACGUGACGGCCCUGGAGAAGCAGAAAUCUGCCCUCAGGAAGGAACACGACAAGGAAGCUGCUCAAUAUUCGAAGCAAAUAUCGGAACUUAUCAUCGAUAAAGAACUAGCUGCUUCGGAAGCAUCGAUCAAGUACGACCAAUUGCAAUCGCGGAUCGAUAGGAUCAGAGCGGACAAUGAAGAACGCUGCCAGGCACUGGUCGCGCAGUACGAAAAGCUAAUCCAAUCGUUGUCCGACCAGAAACACAAACUGAGGGAAGAGAACAUGGCACUUCAAAGGCGGGAAAUGGAAUUGCGCGAUCAGUUGGAUCGUCUGCAGAAUCAUUCCACUGACUAUAUGCUCGGGAUGGGUGGUCGUCGUGUGGCCCCCAUAGAUUUAGGGGGAAGCCAACGGUAUGCCGAGGUUGUGGAAACGGUUCCGCUGCAGUCUGCCAUCUCUAGUCAGGCAUUUGGCGGGAAAAUGACUGUAACUAGAACGGAGGAUUCGGCCAGCAGCAGUCAGCGAUCAUUGCAACCUAUGACUCGAAAUGACCGCGGAGCGCCGGAAGUGGUUGAGGUCAGUUCCAGCAGCGGCAGAGGAAAACCACAGGGUAGUCCACAACACCCAGGACUGGGUGGCCACGUGGCAAACCCGCGCAAGAAGAGGAAGCUCUUUUCUCAAUGCUAAUCUAGAAAGAUGAUUCGUUUCUUUCAUUAUUGAACAUCUAGAUCGACCUGGCUUUGAUACUCUAUUGAAGUAAUAAAAUAUAAUAUUGAACAACA